UGUCAUCGUGGUUGUGUUAAUGCUUUGAAUUUUAAUUCAAAAGGAAAUUUAAUUGCUUCUGGUUCAGAUGAUUUAAAAGUUGUUGUCACAAAUUGGAUUACUGGUGAACAACUAUGGAAUUAUCGUACUGGACAUUGUAUGAAUAUAUUUCAUGUAAGUAUUGAAUAA